AUGCCUGUCAAUAGGCGCCGUGGAGUGGAAUUUUCUAUUCGACCAGCAGCUUCAGCCUCGCCAAAUGAUGAACACGAGACAGAUGGUACUGCCCACAUUGACUCGUCUCUGACCAGCCCAGAGCCCGUCGACAAACCCAAUUCCGCCCAACUGUGCCAUUGUCGGCGACGUCAAAGGCACCAAUGGCCCAUGCGUGGGGCACGAGACGCGACUGCCGUCGAUGCGUCUGAUGCCCCACUUGCUUGUUGA